AUGCUGGCCAUGCUCAUUAGACAACAGCCCGCCCAAGCUUCCCGAAGCCGGGGCACGCCCCAGCAGCAGCAGCAACAACAGCAACAGCGACAGCAACAACAGCAACAACAACAACAACAACAACAGCGGGGCUUGCCGCGCGUCGAGGAGAUGGAGACGACGAGGUUGCGCAUGCUCGGCGACGCCGACGCUCUGAGCCAGCUGCGCGACCAGCGGCCCGCGCUCGCCGCCGCCAUCAACGAUCCCAACCGCUGGCGCGAGGAGUGGACCAACAUGGUCCGCCAGCAAGAGGAGCAGCAGCGCGAGCACCAGUACCAGCUCAACCUGCUCAACGCCGACCCGUUCAACGCCGACGCCCAGGCCAAGAUUGAGGAGAUAAUCCGCCAGGAGCGCGUCAUCGAGAACCUGCAGCACGCCUACGAGCACAAUCCCGCAGGGGCGCUGUGUACCUCUGCACUGUACAACCGGGGGGCGAAAAAGCCUGUGAGCCCUGGAAAAUGGGCGUCGCGGCUCCGCUGGCCUGUGACCCGGGACUAA